UCGCGUUUUGAUGGCAUCAUUCCUGUGGCGGAGAUGGCGGGUGCUUCUUAAAGAAACAGGACUCGUCGUCGGGAAGAGAGGGGCGUCAUGACGGGCCGCAAGUUCCCGAAGGAGAAGAAGCGGCACCGCUCCCGUUUGGGCGGCUCGGAAGAAGGAGGCGGAGGAGGAGGAGGCGGCAGCGAGCGGAAACGGCGCAGCACCGAAUCGCUACACGGCGCCAGCGAGGAAACAAAAUGUACUGCACAAGUUCCAGAGAAGGAGGAUAUGAGGGAAGAACCCAGUGACAUAGAAGAAGGUGGACUAGAUCUCAGUGUGCAACUAAAACCAGUUAGUUUCUACAUCACAGACAAGAAGGAAAUGCUUCAGCAAUGUUUUUAUAUCAUAGGAGAAAAGAAAUUGCAAAAAAUGUUGCCAGACAUUUUAAAGAACUGUUCUAUAGAAGAAAUCAAAAAGCUUUGUCUUGAACAGCUGGAACUCAUGUCUGAGAAGAAAUUACUGAAAAUUCUUGAAGGUGAGAACGAAGCUGAUUCCGACAGUGAUGAAGAGGCUGAUGGUCAUGAAGAGAAGACAGCAGUUGAAUCCACCAGUCAGCAAGACAAUAGCAUAGAUUCUACUUCUUCACUGAAAGAAGACAACAAAUCGGAAAGUCUGGACUUAAAACAAGGCAAAGGGGAGGAUAGCGACGUUCUCAGCAUCAAUGCAGACGCCUAUGACAGCGACAUCGAAGGCCCGUGCAAUGAAGAAGAGACCCCAGAUGUGCCAGAAAGGACUGCCAGGAGUGGAGAUGGCCCGAUAGACGACCUUCAGAAGGACAUUGAGAAAAGUGUCAACGAGAUCUUGGGGCUGGCUCAAUCCUCCCCAAAGGAGACAAAGGCAGCGGCACUAGCGGCUCCUCCAGCAGAUGAUGUUCAGCCAUCAGCGCAACAGCUGGAGCUCCUAGAGCUUGAGAUGCGAGCAAGGGCUAUUAAGGCCCUCAUGAAAGCUGGAGAUGCAAAAAAAUAGCCCCAGGCCUGUUUCAUUUGCAAGAUGCCUCUAUUUGUUCUGAUGGGUCUGUGUGAUGUCAGCUCCCUUCAGUGCCGAAACGAUGUUUGGACCAGCUUCGACAUUCCUCAUUUCAAACCCUCUGUGUAUCCUAACUCGUGGCUGAAAUAAUCGGCAGCAGUUUGUCACUGUCAUCAGGAUGCAGCUUCAGUGACUUACAAACAUUGAUUGGUUGGGUACUGUUUAGCCUGGUUGGUCACUUUUCUUUCCCAGUUAGAUUAUAUCUCAAAAGCAAUCAGAAAACAAAUAGUCACAGACGACAUAGAUCUUUGGCUAAAUCCCAGUGCUUUACAAAGAAAUAAAAGUGCUGUAGAUGUUUUGUCUAUUUAGAACAAGUAGUGAUGGAUUGCAUUCCUCAUCAACCUGAGCCAAUGUAGCCAAUGGUGAGGGGCGAUGGGUGUUACCAUCCAAUACAAUUUGGAAGGGAACACAUUUCCAUUUACUUGGCUUAGAAAUUUUUAUUGUUGAAGAGAAGAAAGGGACCCUUUCCAUAAGAGAGAAAGAGCUACAGUUAAGUCUUGGAAGACUUUCUAAAACAUAUACACAUUUUGCACAUAUCAGUGGUGGUACACAUUGCCUUUGACCUGCAUGAUCCCCUCUUGAAAGUAAACACAGCGGCGUGGAUUUUCAAUAGGAAUUGGGAAACGAUGUGUCUGGCCUUAGUAAUUCUCCAGUUUUUCGUGAGCCUUAAACAUUUAUAAUCUCUGUAAUUUCAACAAAAAUAGUUCUUGUCUCCUUUAAUUGCAGUGAGUUCUAUGGCUAUGUCUGUCGGUGUGUCUUAAAUCUCACUCUUUGAAAAACUUUUGGUACUUGAAAGUAGUAAUGUAUGUGGUGCACAGCUUUACAGAAUAUGAAAAACGUAAUUUUAAAAUGAGUUGUUAAACCUCAAAAAUUUAAAAUGCAUGCUUACGUUGUAGAGUUAAUGUGAUUAAAGAUAAUUUCAAGACCCAAUGUUUAAGAAAGUACAGAAGUGCCUGAUUGCUCAGACUAGCGGUUCCACAACUGUUUUUAUUUCUCAGCAGAUGUGUUUUCCUCUCCUUUCAUUACUAGCAUGGUUUUCUAAUUUCUGUUUAAUGGUGACAUUUCCAUGCAGUUGGGGUAUUUGUAUUUAUUUGUCAUUCGCUUGUCCGUCCUGUAAGAUGAAGCAGAGCACUCCAGAAUGUGAAUUGCCAAUAUGCUGGGGUUUCAUUUGGAUAUAUGCAUUCUUGCAUCCAUUGUACAAAUUACUGAUUGACCCCUUAUUGACAACACCCAGCAUAUCAACACUUGUUGUUUUUGAAGAGGAACAAAAUAGAAACUAGAAAACAUGUACCAAUGAUCCCAAUAAAUAUAAUGUAAUUUAAAA